GGGUGGGGAUACAAGUAAAAAAAAAACAAGGGAAGUGGAUUGUCUUUGAGCAUUGGAGCAUUAUUUUUGUUUUGUUUUUCAGUCAUGAGUUCAGACACUCAAAAGGUUGCUCCGUUAAAGCCGUGUUCAGAAACACUGGGGGACCAGCGCGCGACCUUGGGGGACGUUGCCAUGGAUCUGACACGGUUAGCUGUGGAUGCGGGUCAGUUCAUCAACCGAGCUAUUCAGUUCACCGGUGAGAGCCUGGGUCAGGCGGGGAGGACAGAGCUGGACCCGGGUCUAGAGGAGCUUCUGACCCGAGCUGAAGCCACCAAGACCUGCACGGACAAGAUAAUCUCUCAGACUGAAGUGUUACUGCUGCCUAACCCCGGAGCACGGUUGGAGGAUCGGCUGUAUGAGCAUCUGGAAUGGAGUGUCCCACCAAGACCUCGUGCCAAUGAGCUUCUAGGAAAUGAAAUGACCCAGGCUGGACUAGAGAUUGGAUCCACCACACCCUAUGGAGCCGCUUUGCUCAGGUGUGGAGAAGUUCAGAAGCAGCUCAGUGAUGAAGAGAGGAAGUUUGUCCAAAGCACCAACAUCCACUUUCUCAGCCCUCUGCGGAGUUACACUGAGGGGGAAUAUAAAGCCAUACAAGACGAGCGCAGGAUGUUGCUGAACAGGCGUCUGGACUUGGACAUCGCUAAAUCCAGGUUGAGGAAAGCCCAUGAGGCUGAGCGAGAGGACAGAAGCCUAAAUGCAAACCCACUGGAUGAAGACCACAGGUCUCAUGUCUCCUUCAUGUUCAGCUUCCUGCGUGUGAAGUGGCUAAAGAUUUGGGCCCAGCAAAUCUCUCAGGCGGAGAUGGAGCUGAGUAUCUGUCAGAGUCUGUUUGAUCGACAGUCAGAAAUGACAAGACGGGCACUGGAAGGAAUCAGCAACACACACACCAACCACUUGCGGAGCCUGACGGACUUUGUGGAGGCUCAGGCUUGUUACUUUGACCAGUGCAACCAACAUGCGCAGGAACUUCAGAAACAGCUGGCAAGUAUUCCAGCAGUGCUGUGCUCCAAUAACUGGCUGUCAGAAGUCAGUCACCAGCCACCAACAAGCAACCAUGUAGUCAAAGAGCGCAGUGGGUCAAAUCAGGUUACUUCACUUCCCCUGGUCGUCCAUCACCUUCCAGAUUUCAACCAGGACUCGUGGACCGUGAAUCCACCGUCCGUCAAUGGAAAGACAUCCACAGAUUCCUCGGUACACACUCAGCUGCUGGACACGACAAAUAACAACUACAACAAUAACAACAACAAUGAAGGCCACUCAAGUGAAAAGAACAGGUACUUUUCUGCAGCCACCCAAGCUGUUUACGUCUCUACAUCAAAUUCAGACAAUCACACGACAGAUCAGCUCUCGGCUGCUGAAGCCGCAGCUUCAGGCCACACGGUGAAAAACAGCUCUGCAGCUGCGAUAAGCAAUGACGCGGGUCAUGAAAUGACAACGCCGUCCCCUCGACCUUCACAACCGAGCGCAACUCUGACUGAAUCUCAGAUGGAAAACGCAGUGUCUAGUGAAACCAUGGCAACCAGUGCAGUGGCUGAUGAGCUCCAAACGUCUAUUGAAACGGCAAACGAGCAGCUCGUUGUUGAUGAAGACGACGUGCAGGAGUCACAGUCAGACAGAGAUGUAGCAGAAUAACACUUGUGGUUAUUGAUAAAGUAGAGCAAUAGACUGUAUAUUAAAAUGGACAAAGUCUUCCGGUUGCAAAACAAACUCCUGUUUUGAAGCCUCAGGAUUUGCGAUUUGACGCCAUGUGAAUUAAAGCAAGCAACUAUACCAUUUUUACUUGGCUACACCCCCCCCCGAAUUAGAACGUAAAGAAGACCUGAAACUAGCGACUGAGACCACAAACUCCUCAGGAAAAUGUCUAUAAAUAGAGUGAGAAGCUCCUUUUCCCCAUAGACUUUCACCCCCUGGUGGCUAAUUUCGAACUUACUUCACAAACCUGAAGACCACGUCCAAUUUGUUUUCCAUUUUUAUACACAGUCUACGAGUAGAACUGAUAAUACUGACUCCAGAGGAAUAGUGCAAAUAUAAAAACUAACUCCUCUCAUAGGGGGAGAUGUUGCAAAGUGGUUGUUAACGUGUUAUAGUGCCACAUUAAUAAUUGUAGCUUUGAGGAUUGUUCAUCGUAUUAAUGUCUGAAACAGAUGGGACAUGUACUGUGGCAGUGCCACUCGUUAUCCGUGAACUUGACUUUAUAUUUUUUAACAUUAUGCAAGGUAAAAACUAACUCAUUUACAAAGGAAAACAUACUCAGUCUUUGUGCCAAGUAAGUGUUUGUUGCGGUGAAUACAUGAAUUCACGUGUCGGUGUCACAUCUCACUCCUAACACCUUUUUAGAAAGUAACGUGUGUGUGUGUGUGUGUGACUUGCUACUAGUUGAGAUCAUUUUCCACACGAGAAAAAAACAUGUCACUUGUGCGUGUUGUGGAGCGCAGCGAGGUGACGAAACACCAUGCUGAACGGGAUCUUUAUGCUGCAGCGUGGUGCAUAAAUGUUCCUCCUCAUUCCCUCUCUGGGUGUUUCCCCCUCCUGACACAUGUUCAUAUCAACUCACUCUUACCCUUUUACCCCCUGAAAGCUCCCAUUAAACCAAACGGGUAGAAGUUUCCAUGUCCAUAUGUUGUUCAUUUUCUUUGCGAGGGGCAGCAUUGCUCUACUGUGGUGUGGAUUCACUCUGGGGAGCCUGGAUGGAAACAUGAAUGAAUGUAGCACUGGCCCUAUAUGAACGUAAUCACUUCACCUCUCUAUGCUCUGUGUGUGUGUUUGUCCGAAUGUGUCCAAAGAUGUGUGCGCGAGUCCGCCGUGUUGCCGUAUACACGUCCGGUGUUUGUUGUGCUGCUGAUGUCAGUGUGAGGUUAGAGUUUUCAGUUUUUGUGCAUGUGAAAAUGUCCCGUGUGCCAAAAGUGACGUCAAGUCUAUGUGAUUCUGACUUUGUUCUGCAGCGGCGGAGGUGUUUCUCUAAUGUCCUUGAUGAAAUCUGCAGCCUGUCUUAUUCACCGACCAUCAAAAAAUAAACGCCUCAUUUUACCCACAUUCCAAA